AUGGAUGUGAUGGGAAGUGGAUUUCCCCACCAUAUCUACUCGUGCAACUUCAACAUUAGGAACCUUCUUCUCUCCCCACCACAUCAACAACAAAAAAAAAACACCGCACCUACGCACUACCCCAAUCCUUCCCCCAAAGCAAGAAAACUCUUGUCCAAACCGCUGGUUCGAAAUCCACCACACUCUCUUGCAGCAGCCGUCCUAACAUUACAAACAGCCUCUCUCCAACCACUAGCAACCCCUCAUCCCUCACCCCUCACCCCUCACUCCUCAUCCUCCACCCCUCACUCAAUACCCAAGAAUCUACAACCCCUUCCAGAAGAAGAGAUAAGAAUGUCCGGAUCCGACGACAACGGUAGCCCAGGCGGCGCGCAAGAGAAGCCCGAGGGCAACGGCCAGAGCGAGCACCUCAACAUCAAGGUGACGGACAACAACAACGAGGUCUUCUUCAAGAUCAAGCGCACUACGCAGCUGAAGAAGCUGAUGGACGCCUUCUGCGAGCGCCAGGGCAAGGCCCCGACUUCCGUCCGCUUCCUUUUCGACGGCAGCCGCGUGCAGCCUACGGAUAGUCCUGAGACGCUUGACAUGGCCGACGGAGAUACACUCGAGGUCCAUCAGGAGCAAAUCGGCGGCGGCGCUAUCUAA